AUGGACCCUGAAAAGUCUGAGCAGCUUGGUUCACAAGAGUUUCGAGGCUCUAGCAGUACGUCUGCUCUGCUGAGAAUUCGCCGUUCUCGUGGUAUCAUUUCUCAUACAUUCAGUUGGCUAUCUCUAGUUUCGCUACUACUAAUAUAUGGUUCCAGUUUGCUUCUAUGGCAGGUUAAUGCUUUUUACAGGAACUUUCAUGAGCUACAACAUCAUCAGACUUCAUUUUCUGGCGGCAUUAUUCCUCACCCUCACGUUUAUUCCGGUACAAAGACUCCUCUCUCAUUCCAAUUAGUCAGAAACGGAACCUUUUCUCCGAAAUAUAGAGAAAUUCAAUGGAUCAGGACACCAAACUCACUUACAAAUGAUACUGGUGACUAUAUUUUGACCGAUGACUCUGCCUAUAUUCUUAAAAGCGUUCAGAAUUCCAAGUUUUCAAAAGUUUUGUACAGAGGUACAUCCAUCGAAUAUGAACGAAAGAGGUAUUCCAUCGAGGAUAUCGUAUUCAGUGAUGAUCUGGAACACAUUCUUAUUGUUUGUGAUAAAAUUCAUAAUUGGAGGCACUCCUUUUUUGCCGCUUAUUUCAUCUAUGACAUCAAGACUUCCUCUAUACAGGCUUUGUAUGAUCCAGAUAUUACACUCAACAGCAAGAUAGCCUUAGCAAAGUGGUCUCCAGACUCUCUUAGCGUUGCAUUUGUUUUGGAAAACAAUGUCUACCUUAAGAAAAUCUCAGACUUCGUUCAUCCAACGCUGAAGCAGGUUACAGAAGAUGGUGGUACAGAUAUUUUUUACGGAAAACCUGAUUGGGUCUACGAAGAAGAGGUAUUUGAGAGCGAUACGGCGCUUUGGUGGUCUCCUAAUUCCAAAUAUAUUUCCAUGCUCAGAAUUAACGAUACUCAGGUGCCCAUCUAUCCGAUUCCUUACUUUGUUCAGGAUGAUCAAAGCGCUAACGAUUCCUAUCCUGAACUUAAAGAGAUCAAAUAUCCUAAAGCUGGAUAUCCCAAUCCUGUAGUAGAUUUUUUGGUGUAUGAUGUUGAAAAAAGCCUUGUUAAGUCUUUAAAACCCGAGGAUAGUUUUUAUCAUGACUCUGAAAUCCCUAAUGAAACUAGGUUGAUAACGGAGAUGGUCUGGGUGGGUGACCAGCAAGUACUUGUGAAGACGACAAAUAGAGAAUCGGACGUGUUGAAGGUUUUCAUUAUAGAAGCUGAUGGAGACAAUUUGAUCAGCAUUUUGGCCCGUUCUGACAAUGUGAAGGGUCAAAGUUGGUUCGAGAUUGAGCACAAUACUCUAUAUAUUCCGAAGUCAGGCAUUAGACAGGAAGAUGGUUACAUAGAUGUGAUAGAUGUUGAUGGAUACGACCAUUUGGCCUAUUUUUCACCACCAACAGCCUCCGAGCCUAAAGCAUUACUAACUUCAGGGCCUUGGGAAGUUGAUGGAGGCGCUGCCGCAUUUGACUACGUCGAAAGCAGAGUAUACUAUCUUUCAACAGAGAAAUCGUCUGUAGAAAGACACCUCUAUUCUGUGGAUUUGGAUGGGUCGAAUAGACGCAAUAUCACGGAUGUUUCUGAGGAAGGAUGGUAUUCUGUAUCGUUUUCUAAGGGUUCCAGAUAUUUGUUAUUGAACUAUGAUGGCCCUUAUGUGCCUUACCAGAAGAUUGUCGACUUGCAUAAUGACACGGAAGAAGUACUGGUUUCAAAUACUGCUUUGAGGGAUAGGUUACAAUUCUAUGAGGUUCCAGAAAGUGAAUUUGGAGAGUUGGACCUUGGGGACGGUGUGAUAGUGAACUAUAAACAGACUUUCCCUCUUGAAUUUGAUCCCAAAAAGAAAUAUCCGUUACUAUUCUUUGUGUAUGGAGGUCCUGGAUCACAAUUGGUUCAGAAGACCUAUAGCAUGAGCUUUUCAUCGAUUGUGGCAUCAGAAUUAAAUGCAGUGGUAGUGACAGUAGACGGAAGAGGAACUGGAUUCAAAGGAAGGGCAUUCAGAAAUGUGGUGAGGGACAACUUGUCGUACUACGAGGUGCUGGACCAGAUUUCAGCUGCCAAGAUUUUCACAGAAAAGGAAUACAUAGAUUCACAGAGGACAGCAAUUUGGGGUUGGUCAUACGGAGGAUUCAUGACAUUGAAAACAUUGGAGCAGGAUGCUGGAAACGUUUUUAAAUACGGUAUGGCAGUGGCACCUGUGACUAAUUGGAGAUUCUAUGAUUCCAUUUACACAGAGAGAUAUAUGCAUACACCACAAGAAAAUGCAAAUUACAUGAACAGCUCGGUCCACGAGCCUGACCACUUCAAAGAUGUGACACGAUUCCUUCUUAUGCAUGGAACAGGUGAUGAUAACGUGCAUUUUCAGAAUAGCAUGAAAUUCUUAGAUAUGAUGAAUCAAGCUGGUGUGGAAAACUAUGAUGUUCACGUUUUUCCGGACAGCGACCAUGCUAUCAAGUAUCACAACGCCAACUUGAUAGUUUACGACGCCCUAUUCAAUUGGUUAAAGAAAGCAUUCGAUGGAAUGUACACAUGCUACGAGGCUGCUGCAACGAGAUCUUUCUCUACGGAGGAAUAUAUUGACCCCGAAGUCGACUUGUAUGGAUGA